AUGGGCUCUGUCCGUCUGUCCGUGCCCCGUCCCGCACAGCUGCGCUACCUGCGGCCAAUGGAGCGGGAUCAGGAAGUCCCGCCGGCAGCCCCGUGCGGGGAGGGGACCCGGGGCCGCCCGGGACGGGGGGGGCGAGGAGAGGCCCCACCCCCGCACCCGCCUCCCGUCGGGGGGGCCGUGGGGUGCGGGAGCUGCGCGCCCCGGUGCCCUCGGGGAGCCCCGGGUCCGGGGGGCGCAGCCACCGCCCCCCCACGGGGGUCCCCCGGCUCCGCUCACCGACCCCUGAACCCCGGGACGGAGCCCCUCGGCCGCCCCCUCGGGGUGCUCAGCCCCUGCACCCGGGACGGAGCCCCCCAGCUCGGGGGUCUCGCCGUCCCGCCGGGGCUGCACCGCUUGGAACGGCACCGGGCGCUUCCUGGGGAGCGCUGGGGGUCGCGGGGCACCCCCCGCACCGACGGGGAGCGGUGGGCACAGGCACCCCCCACACCCAUCGACGUGGGGCGGUGGGCACAGGCACCCCCCACACCCAUGGGCAAAAGCGAACGGCCACUGCCCCAGCCCCCUCUCCUGCCACCCCCGGUCCUGCUCUCGCCCUUCACUCCAUCCUCCUCCUCCUCCCUCCGCAGCAGGAGCGGACACCGGGAGCUCCGCGUCCCUGUCCCUGUGCCCAGCGUAUUCCCCGCCCGGGGCCGGCUCAGGAUCCUGCACCGCCCGGGGCCGGGAGAGCCCCAGGACCACAGCGCCCUGUCCCCGCUGUCCCCGCUGUCCCCGCAGCCGGACCCGGCGCUGCCCGUGUUCCCCGGCUCGGCCCGGCUCGGCUCAGCUCGGUUGGAACCCCAGCAGCGCCCCUGGCAGCGUCCCGAGGAGCGAGGAGAGGAAAAGCAGCCGGGGCAGAUCGCUGAACCCUCAGCACCGCAGCUAUCUCGCUCCCCGCGGUGA